AUGUGUCCCAUUGAACUGAUCCCACGGUCACCGCUCAAGACAUUCGUCUUGUCGAUUGAAUUAAUGCUCGUUUACUGUGUAUUGAAAGGCAAUCAAUUGAAAGAGUAUUCAGUGGUCUCUUCAGACGUGUCGACCAUCCGUUCAAUGGCUGACCCCCAGAGUCAGGCUUUUUGUCUUCGGAAGGCUAACCAUAUCUCAGAUAUGAUCGAGUCUUUCGACCGGAUGUUCAAAGACGAGUCGAUGACUGACUGCGCCCUCAUGUGCGCUGAAGGACACGCUCUCAAAGCCCAUCGGAUGAUACUGUCGGCCAGCAGUCCCUUCUUCAGGACAGUGUUCGACCAGAUGUCCAAUCAGUGGCCAAACUAUCCCAUGGUUUACCUCAAAGACAUGCCGAUGGCUGACCUCAGAGCCAUCAUUGAGUUCAUAUACACCGGCGAAGUGACGGUAGCGCAGGAACAGCUCGAGUCCGUCAUCCGGUCGGGCGAAGCCUUGAGAAUCAAAGGCCUCGUCGACAUCGAUCACCACCGGAGGGACAACGCGGCCAACACUGCGACCACUAUCUCGAGGCGACGGCGCCGUCGACGACACCGACGCAAGUCUGAGCCAAACGAGACCACGAAUCACAAGACAGACAAUGAGACCAAUGAUAACGACGGCAAAGACGCGCACCCGUCGGAUGACGAAGACAUGACUGAGUACUCGGAUGACGGCGAGAGCGGCGAGUCAUUGGUGUGCACUCCCACUGACUUGAGUGGUUCGCGCGCUUACAACGAGAGUGUGGGCGCCUCCGAGGAUGGCAUCGAACCCUCGCGACUACUCGAGCAGUCGAUGAUCACCGGAGAUACUCAGGAAAGUAAUAGUAUUAACCAAUACUCCUCUUCAUCCACACCUCAUCUCAUGUCUAAUGUCGACGGAGAAGACAUGAAAACUAUGAUAUAUGACGAACCGAUUGGUUUGAUAUCGCAAAUCACAAAUGAAAACUCCGAUUCACACCUCAAUCACACCACAAAUGAUAGUCAAGAUGUCGACACUUAUGAGCCGCAGAUGCGGUUCAUCGACCCGUGCGGUGAUGACGCUCAGGGUAUUCCAUCCAUUGCGGGCACAAGUCGUUCACAAAACUCACUCAAAUCUAGCGAAAAACGCAGAUCAAAGUCGUCGAAGAAGGGAUUACACUCUCGACUGGGGUCUCAAUCGGUGUUUCAUAUGCGUCAGCAGCGGUUCCACUGCCAUAUCUGUCAUCAGGGGUUCACUGCUAAACGCAAUUUGCAGAGACACUAUCAGAUCCAUAACUAUUACCGAAAUAAGUUUGAGUGUGAGUUAUGUCACCGACAGUUCUCGUGGAAACACACUCUCAACAUUCACAGAGAAAAGGCACAUAAUAUUAAACCUUAGCGCCAAAUACACACAUACUAUUCAUCUAUUCAUUACAUUUAUUAUUAUUAAGCUUAUAAACAUUGUAUUCAUUCAUUCAUUUCCACACAUUAUCCGUACAAUUCAUUAAUUCGUUCAUCUAUUUCAUGACAAACUCAUUGUUUUCAAUUCGCUUUCAUUCAUAACUCA